CCAGCAGCGCCCGCCCACUCCCUCGCCGGCCACAACCCAACGCCCACGCCCACGCCCGCCACUCUGGUCCCGCAGCUCCCGACCGCCGCCAUGUCCGUGGGCGACGACAGCGCCAGCAGCAGCAAGAACGCGGCGUCGGACGUCGCCAAGGACGAGGCGCCCGACGCAGCCGGCGCGUGCCCCACGGAGGACAGCAGCGAGCCCGUGGCGUCCUCCCCGCCGCCGCGCAAGCGCCUCGUGCGCACGGGCGAGGUCAACUGCCGCUGGCUGUACAACCAGGUGCAGGCGUCGCGCGGCAUGAUCCUCAUCGACACGCGCACGCGCGAGGAGUACGAGGAGGACUCAAUCCCGUCCGCCAUCUCCGUGCCGCCCAUGCAGGGCUGCCGCUCGCUGGACGACGUCGAGGGCGGCCUGCUCGAGGAGCAGCGCUACCUCUUCUCGAGCAAGAAGCGCAAGCUGCGCGACGUCGUGCUGUUCGGGGACGCCGUCAAGAAGAGCUCGGCGGACGACGCCGGCGUGGCCAAGAAUCCCUGCAGCUGGCUGCGCAAGCUCGAGCGCCUCCUCAUCGAGGACGGCCUCGUCACGAGCGUCAAGCUGCUCACCGACGGCUUCCUCACCUUCAAGUACCGCUACCCGUUCUACACGACGUCGGCGCUGCUGGACGAGAUCUCGGGCCAGCUCACGCGCACCAAGAGCGGCACGCACAACCUCAACUACCCGAACGAGAUCCUCGAGGGCUUCCUCUUCCUGGGCAAUAUGUGGCACGCGCAGUCCAAGCAGGUGGUCUCGCACCUGGGCAUCACGCACGUCGUGAACGCCAGCCUGGACGUGGGCAACACCUUCGAGAGCGACGGUGUCAAGUACCUGAACGUCACCAUCAAGGACCGCCCCGAGGCCGACAUCAGCUCGUACUUCGACGCGGCGUACAGGUUCAUCGAGUCCGCCAAGCGCACGCAGCACGGCCGCGUCCUGGUGCACUGCACACAGGGCAUCUCGCGCUCGGCCACCCUCGUCAUCAUGUAUUUAAUGCGCGCCAACAACUGGUCUCUCGUCACGGCCGUGAAUUUUGCGAUGGCCAGUCGCGGCGUCGUGUACCCGAACCAAGGUUUCAUCAAGUCUCUGAUGGUGGAGGAGUUCCGGCUCUACAAGGGCAACAGCAUCACAUCGGACGAGGUGGACAACAUGCUGCAGAACUUGAUUCCCGAUCGACCGGUUCCUCUGCAGGUGCACUCCAACAAGACGGAGAACUGCUCGCGCUGCCGCAAGAUGUUCUCGUUGCUGGAGUGGAAACACAAGUGUAGCUACUGCCGUAAGGCUUUCUGCAGCAAGUGCACCAGCACUCGACUGGCCAACCCCGAGCGCGAAAAGACCGCAGCUAGCAAAGGCGAAGUGGAUGAACAGCGGCCGCGACGCGUGUGCCAGGUGUGUGUGAGCAGGUUAUGGCAGAUUAAUUUGCCGCGGUCGCGCAAGGGGCUUCAGCCGCGCGUGCAGCGUUGCAAGCACCUGAACGUGAACAGUUUGUCCACCUUCGGUCGGACGGUGUGCAUCUCGUAUUUCGAAGGGACGGAAGCGCAGGUGAUUAUGGACGUGCUCAAGAUUCGGUUUGGCGUCAAGGAGAACCAGAUUAUUGACAUCUCGAGGGAAGACGGCGAGCCGAUUCGCACUGUGGAGGAGAUUGCAGAGCUGCCGGACGAAGCUGAGGUGUUUGUCUCGGUCGGAAAAGCGGGAAAUAUUCAGGAGUACAGCCAGCGAGGAACGAAGCCGCAGCAACCGCCUGCCAACUCUAGAUAUGCCAACAGCAACCACCGGCAGCCGUACACGCGCCAUCAGCAGCAGGAACGUACACGUCAACAAUGUCGACGAGACCUGCAGUCGCCCCGUGAGCGAAUUUUCCGUGAGCGCAGCUCAUCUGAAGGAAUCGUCGAUACCCUGCAGCAGAUCGAGACUUAUGGUCGUCAUCCCGACGCACCUCGCACGCGGUCUUUCCAAAUGGACAACACUAACGUGGAGACGCCUGCAACGACACCCCCCGUCGUCGAGGACCCUGAGGUUGCUGAGCGCAAAUUUCGCGAGCUGUGGAAGCUUUCGUUCCCGUCGAUGGGGCUCAUCGAGCGCGGCGCUCUGCUCAAGAUCAAGCGGCCCGAGAUCCUCAUGGACGUCAUGCUGGGCAUGAGCAGCCUCUCGUGCGGCGCGCUCACUCUACAGGAAUUCAGCCAGCGACUCAUCGAACUGGGCUACGCUGACUCAGACCGACAGGCAGUGAUUGCACUGCUGGACACGGCUCGCCGAGCCACUGGGCGGGUGGUCGGUUGAUCAUCGCUGACAAAGCUAUACACUAGAAAAAACAACGCACACGUAUUCAAGAGCCUCGGUAGGAUAAGUAAUUUAUUGAACUUGCUUCGUUCGCUUCUC